UCUGAUACCAUAUACUAUAAUAUUAUUCGUAUCGAUAUCAAACGUAAUCAUACGUAAAAGAAUAAUUAUUACUUUUCAUAACAAUUCUAGUUAUUAUAAUUUUUGGAAACAAACGAAUAUUAUGUUUGUUCAUUGUUUUAUAAAGGGAACGAUGAUUGUCGCUUAAUAGGAUGCUUCGAACGCAUCGCGAUAAAGGAAAAUUGUUGUUUCACAAUUAUAGACAUUCUUUUUAAGCCAACGAUCGAUGAUUCGUCUAAAGAAAGUAAUUAUCGUCAGCGCACGAUUCUUUUUCAUUGUACACGCGUAUACAUAUACAUAUACAUAUACGUAUAUGUAUACGUAUACGUAUACAUAAAUACUAAUGGUGUACGGCCUUAGAGCCAAGUGAAGAGCCCAAGAGUCAAGUGAAAGGAAAGAGAUCGCGUUGUACGCGUAGCCCUCUCUGGUGAGUCUGUUAGUCCUACCGGUUAGUUCCAAAAUGGCUGUGCUCGAUCGUUUCUCCUUGAUAUUUCACCUUCCGCCGUUCUUGGUGACUUUCGACGCGUAAAUCUCUCAAUUCGUGUUUAUGCAACGAAAUAGAACGAUCGGCAGAAUGGAUUUAAGGAUGUGCACCGUCGUAUUUUUGUCAAUUUUAUACUUCAAUCUACCUCCAGCAACGAUUGCACUUCGAAGAUGCGUUCAUUGCAGAUCGAGAGGAGAGCUAGGCUCGUGUAAGGAUCCGUUUACGAUGAAUUCCACGCAAAUAGAUUUAGAAAGAGGCGUGGAUAUGGUACCCUGUGUAUCCGGUUGGUGCGGUAAAAUAAUCGAGAGUCAAAAUUUAAACAACGAAUACGGUACCGCUACGCAAAGACUGUGCUUUCAAAGAGGACCGGAUGAUGGCGAAGAAAGAUGCGCUUAUACUACGUGGAAUUAUAGAAAAGUUUACAUGUGCCUUUGUCUCGGAGAUCUUUGCAACGGAGCGAUAAACGCCAACAUAUCCUAUUCGUUACUAGCCUUGAUAUUAUGUAUUACCGUUCGAUGGAUCCUGUAAAUUUUUUCUAUAUUUUUCAUUGCCAAUGAUCCAAUAUAAUCUUUUAUCUCAGAAACAAUAGACAAUUUGUCUAUUUGAUUUUUAUGUCUAUUUGAUAUAAAAUAUUAUAUGUUGCGUUGUUAUCAUUGAAAUGUAGCAAUCUUUAAGUUUGCAUCAUUCAUCAUUUCAAUAAGAUUUUUUCGAACUAAUAA